AUGGAGUCCACAGCUCCGCCGGCGAAGAAGCACCUGCCUGGCCAGCCGAACCCUGUGGUCGCCGAAGCCGAGCAAAAAUGGCUGUUCACAGACGACGAGCUCGAGCGCACGCCCUCGCACGCAGAUAAGAUCGAUCGUGAAAAGGAGGACUACAUCCGGCAUCGCUCCGUGGAGUUCAUCUGGCAGGUCAGCAUGAUGCUUAAGAUGCCGCCACAAACGUCCAUGACCGCAACGAUCUUCAUGCAUCGGUUCCUUAUGCGCUAUUCAUUGCGUGGACAUUACCCAGAACAGGGCGGAGACUUGAUGCAUCCGAAGGUUAUCGCUGCGGUGGCAUUGUUUGUGGCGUUCAAGGUGGACGAGACCAUGCGGCGGAUGAAAGACUUCAUCGUGGCUUGCUGCCGUGUUGCGAUGAAGAAGGCAGAUAUGGUUGUUGACGAGCAAUCAAAGGAUUACUGGAGAUGGCGCGAUCUGAUCCUGCAGAACGAGAGUGUUAUGCUGGAGUACCUCUGCUUCGACCUGCAGCUGGAGUCCCCAUAUCGCAUUGUGUGGGAAUACGCCUGUUUCCUCAAUGUCCCUGACCACAGACCCCUCCGAAACGCCACCCAGGCAUUCCUCAACGACUCCACCUAUACCGUCCUCUGCCUGCAAUUCCCCCAGCGCGUGAUCGCCGCAGCUGCGCUCUACGCCGCAGCCCGCCAUUGCAAAGUCUCUUUCCCCGACGACGACAAGGGCCGGCCAUGGUGGGACCAGAUCGACGUCCGCUUCGAAGAUAUCACCAAAGCCUGCAAACUGAUCAUCAAGAUCUACGAGAGAGUCCAACAGAACCUGAGCAAGGGCUUCCCGAGCUUCAACGCCGGAGAUGUGGUGGACCUGAAUGACCCGACACGUCUGUUCCACACAAACCCUGCCUCCCAGGACUACCACCCAUCUUCCCAUUCUUCAAAUCUCACCCCCGCCCCCGAUUCCCCUGCACACAAUGGGCGGAAACGCUCCCGCGAGCCAGACUCCCUGGGCCCAGAGACAUCCCAUGCCUCUCCCGCCCCUCUCUCGCACUCUCAUUCUCACCCCUCAUUAAACGGUGGACGCUCGCCCAAGCGCCAGCGCACCUUAUCCCCUACAUCUAAUGCAGGCUCUUCUGCUCCUGCUCCGGCGUCUCAGCCGCGCAUCCCAACGCGAGCACUAGGCUCUGUGCCUUCACGGCCUAUCCCUGGCAGCAAGCCGCAAGACUCUAAUCAUGAAAAUACUCCAAACCAGCCGAAAGAGGAAGUUAGCACCGAAGAAGGCGAGGUGUCUGAUGACAAGUCCGUUGCUGCCAAGCCGGUUGAUACUAAACCUGCUGAUGCCAGACCAGGUGGGACAGAGCCCGUCGAUAACAGGCCCGCUGAUCCUCCUGCUCGGGAUGAUUCUCAUGAUAAUGACGGCGGGGGUAGCGAGGAGGGCGAAAUUUAA